AUGGCAUAUGCGUUGCCUGUGCCUUUUCGUGUCAACCUGGCUUGUUCAUGUCACCUCUAUGAGGUUUAUGCCCAGUUUUGCUGGGAAGUUUCAUAUGAACAGUUCAGGGAGACAAUAAAGAAGCUUACAUUGUUGGAGGAGUUUAAAAUUUUAUGGGUUAUUACCUAUUUAGAAAAAUGUGGCUGUCUGUUUUUUCAACAAUUGACUUUCUCGGUAAAAAGUAGUAUAAUCUUAGUUUCAAGAAACCAAUUUGACUUGGCAGAUUUAGACGAGAAAUUGCGGUCUUUGGAAAAUCCACGGCGAGAAGGUAGUUACACAAUUUAUGGGUUUGGCUAUGAUCAUUUCAGUGAUAGUUAUAAAGUUGUUGCAGUUUUCUGCUAUGAAUGUGAUAGUGGUAGUGGGGGUUACAAAACACAAGUGAAGGUUUACACUUUGGGUUCAGAUUCUUGGAGGCAAAUUCAAGAUUUUCCUUCAGGUGUCCCUUUUGAUGAAACAGGAAGAUUUGUGAGUGGCAGUCUUAAUUGGUUGGCGUCUGUUGAUUCGAGUUGGGUUAUUGUUUCUCUUGAUUUGGGGAAGGAAUGUUAUCAAGAACUUUCGCUACCCGAUUGCGGUGAUGCAGCUUUGACUUUGGGGGUGUUGAGGGAUUGUUUGUGCAUUGUUACUCACCAUUAUGAGUUUUCUGAUGUUUGGCUUAUGAAGGAGUAUGGAAAUAAAGAGUCCUGGACCAAAAUUUUCAGUGUUCCUAGCAUGGGGGAACAAUCCCCGUAUACCAAGACGCUUCAUAUUUCAGAGGAUGACGAAGUGCUGCUGGAGUUCCAAUCACAGCUAGUUGUUUACAAUUUCAGAGAUUGCACUUUUAAAACUCCCCAAAUUCAAAACAUCACUAGUUGGAUGGUCCCUGACGUGUAUGUUGAAAGUUUGAUAUCACCUUGUUCUUGAUAUUAGGAUGCAGAUGUUAUGUUUGAAGAAUCCUUCAAUUAUCACCUUGUUCUUGAAAGUAGGAUGUAGAUGCUAUGUUUGAAGAAUCCUUCAAUCCAUCAAUUGGACCUUACAUGUUUUCAUUUCAUGUCAUGUUUGUUCUAAUUACUUUGAAUCAUUAUUAGAGUGAGUGUUAGUCCUCAGUUUAUAAUGAGGAGCUGUGCGGCUGUGCCAGCUGGUGCUUUUAGUUAGUGGUUGUUAGCUUGUUGUAACUGAUUUGUUCAGUUAGUUACAAGCUUCUGUUGUAAGCUUUCCUAGUUAAACUCCUCUAUGCAAGUGUUACUCUUUGUACUAUUUGUGAAUGAUAAUCAAUACAUUACAUAUAAGUUUUUGAAA